AUGCUGGCCGGCUGGGCGUGGGCGCCCACGUCACGACGGAGGGCCACGGCAUUCCAGGUAGCCAAGGGCUACUUCGAUGACAUGGCCGUGUUCAACAAGUUUGGGCACGAGAUCAGCAAGCCGAAGCUGCGGCCCGGUGGUGCAGACACCACGCCGGACUGCCAGAAGGAGGACCGACUCCUGACCAAGCGGCAGCAGAGGCUGGACAGGGACUUGGAAAACUUGCGCAAGCAGUUUGAGCCGAAGCUCAUCACUGCUGCAGACAUCGACGGCGAAGAUCCGCUGAAGGCCGCCAUCGCAGAGCCCCCAAACUUCUUCAAGGCCAUGGGGGCAGCGGGCAGCUUGGGCCUUGUCGAAGCCUCGCUGUUUUCUUUCUGGAUGCUUGGCUUGGAAGCCGGGGUGAACGUCCAGGUCAUGAACCCGGAGAGACCGAACUCGGAGCUCCUGGCCUGCCUGAAGGAGGAAGGUGGCAAAUUCGAGCUUUGCGAACAGAAGGAGCUCGGGGAGGACGGCCAUGACCUUGCCUGCGACACGGAGCGCGGGGAGGACUUCCACUGGCGGGAGGGCGACACUGUGAAGUUCUUAGGCACCUGCAUCGAGCCGAAAGCCCUGAAGAAGGCGUUGCUCUCCGCCGAGACGCCCUACCUCCACUGCGUCUACCCGGACGGAGAGGUGCCCGGAGAGGAGCCGAAGCCCGGAGAGGAGGCCGGCGAGGCGGCCGGCGAGGCGGCCGGCGAGGCGGCCCCGCCAGCCGUGUAA